GAGAGAAAAAGAGUUUCUGGCUGGAUUUCAAAGAAAGUCUCGCCUCCUGUUUUUGAAAGGGGAGUAGAUAGAAGUGCAGCCUAGGCCGGUGUGGAGGGAGGAAGGGAGAGAGUCAGUUUGGGAGUGGGCAAAGAGAGUGCAAAACUGGCGGGCGCGGAGAUGCAGCGAGAAGGGCUGAACCUUUGCAGACUGGAUCGAAUUCCUCCCGCGCCUCGCUAGAGAAAGGCGAGCCUCCUGCCAGCGCGGCACUGGGAACACCUCCCCUCCCCUCCGCCACCCCCCACCCCUCGCCUUGUGCCAAAACAUCCAAAGUCGAGGCUAAGAACUCGGUCGCCCUCAAGAUUCCUCAGGGGCGCCCCCCGAAGUGUCUCCACGUUCCCCGGCCAUUGGCCCGGCGCCUCCUCCACCUUCCCUCUGGAUAAGGCAGGGGCAAAACAAGAGGCAGGCAUCGAGCAGUUGCAGCGGCGCCCAGACUGCCUCGACCCCAGAGAGAGAGAGGAGGCGACCCUAGCUGGGCUGGGCCGGCCCUGGGGGUUCCCUGUCCGUUCUAAUUGUCGCCUUACGGGGAAGGGCUUUCCAACCCCGGGCGUCGUGAGAAGAGACUUUCCCUGCCGCGGGCGCCUGGAUCGCUAAAAGUUGCCGCGAUGCGUGCGGAGACUACCCUAUGCUGUCUUCCCUAACGCCCGGCUGCCUCCCUAGGGAAGGGGAGUCGGGCGCUGCCGGUCCACUCCCCCCGCGACCCUCCGCCUUGCCCGCUCCAGGCAGCCCUGCCUGCCUCUGUCUGCUUCGCUCCGGCAUAUAUACUCAGACUCCUCCCGCCCUCCCUCUCUUCCACUCUCACCCUUUCCCGGCCGUCUCCUCCUCCUGCCCUCCCCUCGCCUCUCUCUUCCCUUCCCCCAGAGUAGCCAGAGGAGGCCGGGGCGGGCGGGCAAGGCAGGCAGGCAGGCAGGCGCGGUAGUCCUGCUGCUGCUGCUGCUGCUGCGUCUCUGGGUUGUCUCGGCCCAGGCGCGCCGCAGCAGCUGCCCAAAGAAGGAUCCCCCUCGUCGGGGAGCGAAGCAGCCAUGAGCGGCGGCGAGGUGGUCUGCUCGGGCUGGCUCCGAAAGUCGCCGCCGGAGAAGAAGUUGAAGCGCUACGCAUGGAAGAGGAGAUGGUUUGUGCUCCGCAGUGGUCGACUGACAGGUGAUCCAGAUGUAUUGGAAUACUAUAAAAAUGACCAUGCAAAGAAACCUAUUCGAAUCAUUGACUUGAACUUAUGUCAACAAGUGGACGCUGGGUUGACAUUUAACAAAAAAGAAUUUGAAAACAGCUAUAUAUUUGACAUCAACACAAUAGACAGGGUCUUCUACUUGGUUGCUGACAGUGAAGAGGAGAUGAAUAAGUGGGUUCGAUGUAUUUGUGACAUCUGUGGGUUCAACCCUACUGAAGAUGAUGCUGUGAAGCCACCUGGCAAUUCUCUACAGGUCCCUGCUGAGUUACCCUUACCUGUCAACACUUCCCUACCAUCUGUACAAGCAGAAUCAUCAUUACCUCCUCCGUACCAGCUAAUUAAUAUCCCACCAUUAGAGCCUGACUCCCGUCAAGAAGAUCCUCAAGACUACCUGUUGCUAAUUAACUGUCAGAGCAAGAAGCCUGAGUCAACAAGCUCUUAUCUAAUCUCGGAAGAAGGGGAGGAAUAUUUACUGCUGGAGAAUUUUGAAAGUAAAAAGGUUCCAUUGCAGUCGCAGGCUGAUUCAGCAAAAACUGCCUCUUCUGAAACAGACUGCAAUGAUAAUGUGCCUUCCCAUAAAACAUCUGUGCAAUCUCUGAACAAGCAUGCUGUGAAUGGAUUUUUUCAGCAGCAAAGUGUGUAUGACUCUCCACCAUCAAGAGCUGCCUCAGUGUCGGUAGAUGGCAGCCUUUAUAACCUGCCAAGGAGUUAUUCGCAGGAUGUUUUACCAAAGGCAUCUCCUUCUGGGACAGAUACAGAUGGAGAGCAACAUAUUUUCAGUGCCCUGUCUACAACAUCUUCGCUUGAUGCACAGAUGAGGCAUUUCUCCAUUAGUUAUGACAUUCCCCCAACCCCUGGAAAUACUUACCAGAUUCCACGAACUUUUCCAGAAGGAUCAUUGGCUCAAAGCUCAAAGCUAGAGAGUAUUCCAGAUGUUCCUCCACCUCGGCCACCAAAACCUCAUCACCCUUCAGACCGUUCUCCUGUGGAGGUGUGUAGCAUCUCCCGUACUGCCUCAGAUACCGACAGCAGCUACUGCAUCCCUACAGGAGGCAUGCUUCCGUCACGUAGCAACACUAUUUCCACUGUGGAUCUGAACUUAUUUCGGAAAGACAUUGGUUCUCAGGACUGCUAUUUUACUCCACGAACGUUUCCAAAUGACAGAUCAAGCUCACUGGAAGGCUUUCAUAACCACUUCAAAAAUAAAAGUUUGUUGACUGUGGGAAGUGUUUCAAGUGAAGAACUGGAUGAAAAUUAUGUUCCCAUGAAUCCAAACUCCCCCCCUCGGCAGCAUUCUAGCAGCUUUACUGAACCCAUCCAAGAAAUGAACUAUGUGCCUAUGACCCCGGGAACCUUUGACUUUUCGCUGUUUGGAAUGCAAGUACCUCCACCAGCACACAUGGGGUUCAGAUCUAGCCCAAAGACCCCUCCCAGAAGACCAGUCCUUGUUGCCGAAUGUGAACCUCCGCCAGUGGAUAGGAACCUCAAGCCAGACAGGAAAGGUCAGAGCCCUAAAAUUUUAAGACCUAAGCCACAUGGUUUAGAGCGAACAGAUUCACAAACCAUAGGUGAAUUUACUACAAGAAGAAAGGUAAAACCGGCACCUCUAGAAAUAAAACCUCUGCCUGAAUGGGAAGAAUUGCCAGCUCCUGUAAGAUCUCCCAUCACCAGGACUUUUACACGCGAUUCUUCCAGGUUUCCUUUGUCUUCUCGACCUGAUUCAGUUCACAGCACAACAUCCAGUAGUGAUUCGCAUGACAGUGAAGAGAAUUAUGUACCUAUGAAUCCAAAUCAGUCCAGUGAUGACCCAGGUUUGUUUGGCAGUAGUAGUCUUGAUGGUGGAAGCAGUCCUAUGGUGAAACCUAAAGGUGAUAAACAAGUGGAGUAUUUAGACCUGGACCUAGAUUCUGGAAAAUCUACCCCACCUCGCAAGACGAAGAGCAGUGGUUCAGGCAGCAGCGUGGCUGAUGAAAGAGUCGAUUACGUUGUGGUUGACCAACAAAAAACACUAGCACUGAAGAGCACACGGGAAGCUUGGACUGAUGGGAGACAAUCUACAGAAUCUGAAACACCAACAAAAAGUGUAAAAUAAAAAAAAAGAUCUAUUCAUCCUUUUUAAAUGUUUGAUAAAAGAGCUGCCAUUAUGCCCAGAAUGACAAAAUAGCACUGGACAAUUCUUGAAUGAACACAUUUUCAAAAAUACAUGCAAAUCAAGAUGAAGUUAUGACAUAGCCCUGUAACCUGUGGCAUCCAGGUGAUUCAAAAGAUGUAAAAUAAUGUGUAUAAUAGUAUUGCUUAGAUCCCCAAAGAUAUUUUGGCCUCGUUAACACAUUUGUAGUAUUAACAUGUUUAUGCACUUUUUCUGUUAAAAUCUUGGUUCAGCUUUCCCCUGCUAAUGUACUUUAACAUCUUUUUAUCUGACACUACUAUAUACUAUACCAUUCUAGGAAGUAAGCUACUUAUAUAAUACAAAGGAAAUCAAUUUUAAUAGCUCAAAAUGAUUAGAAAGAAACAGUUUCACAACUUAAUCUACUUGAACUGUCAAGAGAUGAUUUGUUAAAUACCUAUGUUUAUAUUUAACACAUGCAAAGAACUCUUGGAAGUCUACAGGUUACCUUCCUACAGAAAGUGCUGUGAGUUAGUAAUAAUAAACAUUAUUGGUUUUAGACUCUACCUUUCUGCCUUAAUGCAAUAGCAAGUAGUAGAAGAGCUUUUGUUAUACUUGCAUUGAUGACAAUGCUCAUUGUUAAGUGAUGGAAGAUUCUGCAGGGUGGGAUCUUUUAACGGAAGAAUUAAACACCCAAGUAAACCUGCAGACCUCCAAUGGUGUGCAGUAAUGAGUCAUCUUACAGUUAUCGGCAAAUGGUGACUUUUACAUUAUUUGCAGAAGGUAGACUCUCUAACGUCAGGUACGUACCUAGCACUGUGGUGCUAACACACUUUUCAGGUCUGAACAAUUAACUUUUAGUUUUCUAUUUUUACCAAACUUCAGUAUUGGUUUUUAGUAUGAAAGUUAAUUAGACGGUUUGUCAGUCACUGUCUGUAGUACUAGAAAAUACUGUGAUUUUUUUUUUACAAAAGUAGAUUGCAAUUCCAAUGGCACUACUCUCAUCUUGACACCAUAAUGCUCCUUUUAUGAUCUUCAAUAUGCCUAGACUCCUGCUUGGCCUUAUAUUUAAAUUCCUAUGCAAUGGAUAUCUUUUAACAUUUUGAUUUGGAUUUUUUCUUUUUUUAAAAAAAAAAGAAAGCUAUGCUAUAUCAAAAUUUAUCUUUUUGGUUUUUUUAAGGUGCCCUUUCCCUAGGUACAGAUUUCAUGCUGUGUACUUUGAUAUAUUCAUUCACUAUCCCAUUCUUCAAAUAGUAGCCUUUCCUGAAUUAGAAUUUUAGUUUAGUUCUAUGGGAAAAACUGUAGGUCUUAAAGUACACAAGUGACUUAAUACAAUAAUCACAUCAUGAUGGAAAAUCUACUAAUAUUUUCUGACACAGAUAUGUUUUAAGUAAUUUUUUUCACAUCCAUACCUCCUAAAUAUUGAAUGAGCAUAGAAAUAUGUUAAUGUUGUUUUAAUAAAUGUUGGCCUUAAUACUGUGCCUAAUUUACCCCUUCCCCAAUCCCAUUCUACAGUAUGUAAAUUGUCUUUGUUCUUAACAAGGUUUCUUUUUAAAUUAGAAAUAUUGUGAAUUUUUUUAAAAAAACUAAACACGUUGCAUUUGAGGUGAAUUUUAAAUAAAUUCAAAAAUUGUUCUGUU